AGUUUUAUUUAAGUAUUUGACCAAACUUGACUAAAAAUUAUGACUGAAUUAACGGACACCACUUCAAAAAAUAAAGUGGAAAUUAUUGACGAUGAUAAAAAUACGAAACUUCACUACGGCUGUGUAUUGGGAAAUAAGGAAAGAGUGUUAAAGGAACUUGAAAAGUGUUUAAAAGUCGACAUAGAAAAUUAUUUAGGAUGGACGCCUUUAAUGAUGGCAUGCAGAAACGGUCAUUUGGAAAUUGUUAAAUUACUGUUGGACAAAAAAGCUGAUGCUACUAAAAAAAAUAAAUUUGGUAUCAAUGUUUUUACAAUUUGUGUGGCCAGCGAAAAUUUAGAAUUAAUUCGACUAAUGCUUCAACAUUUAUUGAACGGAGGUGUAUCAAAAUUAAGUUUACAAAAAAUAUUUUCUCCUUUGUCAAUGGCUGUAUUAUUUUCCAAUGUUGAAAUUUCAAGCUAUUUAAUUCAGCAAUCUUUUAACAUAAAUCAUCAAGCACCACUGACAGGAUUGACCCCAUGUAUGUUUUCUGCUGCCACUCUAAACACUGAAAUGUUUGAUCUUUUGAUAAAAUGUGGAGCAAACGAGCACAUUCAAAAUACCGCUGGAGCCACAGCCAAAUACUUAAUUGACCUUAAAAGACAAAAGAAAUACAACAAACAAAAAAAAACUGCUAAAAACAAUGUAUACUUGGAGCCUCCACAACACCAAGUGCAGCAACAAUACCAUCAAGCAAAUAUACCAAUGAUUAUGGUCAGUCCCCUGCCACCCUACGAAACCCAUAAUAUGCAUGGGCCUCCGGCUAACUUUAGAAAAUCAUCAGAUGUCCAUACUCCAAAUUAUUUUAUGUCGCCCAUGACUCCAAUAACACCCGUCAAUUUUAUGCCUCAAAUGUUUUUCCCUCCAGAUUUUGAUGCGCACCAGGGUAUGCACUAUUAUGGCCUGUAUAAUGAGGUUUUGAACCAAAGAAUGUAUCCUAGUUCUUUCUUAUCUCCGAUGACUUUAAAUUAUGCAGCUAGUCCGUGUAUUUAAAUAAAGCAAAUUUUAAUUGUAAUUUUAAUGUUAUUUUCUAAUUUUUAUAUAAUGUUUUCUACUCCUAUAUUUUAUGUUUAUUUUAGAUGUAUUUUAAUGUAAUUUUAUUAAAUAUGAACGCUGACAA